AUGGCGCUCAAGCGCAUUAACAAGGAGCUCAAUGAUCUGAGCAAAGAUCCCCCAACAAACUGCUCCGCUGGUCCAGUAGGUGAUGAUCUUUUCCACUGGCAAGCCACUAUUAUGGGUCCCGAAGACAGCCCGUACAGCGGGGGCGUCUUCUUUCUGAACAUUCACUUCCCGUCAGAUUACCCAUUCAAGCCUCCAAAGGUGAACUUUACAACGAAGAUAUACCACCCCAACAUCAACGGCCAGGGUGCUAUUUGCCUUGACAUCUUAAAGGAUCAGUGGUCUCCUGCCUUGACGAUUAGCAAGGUCCUCCUCUCUAUAUCCUCCCUGCUAACGGAUCCUAAUCCAGAUGAUCCUCUCGUUCCUGAGAUUGCACAUAUAUACAAAACGGAUCGUCUUCGAUACGAUCAGCUGGCCCGUGAGUGGUCUCAGAAGUAUGCGCAGUAG